CGACGACCACGAGGCCUCUAAACUCGACGAGCACCGACGUCGAUGGAUGAACAGCGCUAAACCCAAAUUCUGCUGCGAAGCGCAGCACGACAAGCACGAGUGAAGUGCUAUCCGAGCACGACAGACACAAUUUGGCGAGUGCGGACGAGAAGGCAGUGCGCAGUCCGACCCCCCGUAGUCCAUACACAAUGGCUUCCCCUGCGACUGCUGUAGACCCGCCACGCUCCACGACCCCGUUCUCAUUGUCAGGUCGAGCAUCGGCGCUCUUCAAUGCACGCCGUGCCUCUCGUGCACCAACCAUCAUUCCACGCACCUCCGCCAUCUCACGCCAGGAUCUCAUUGCGUCCGCAGAGCGUAUCUACUUUCGCUACCUCUCCCCUGCAGCGAAUACACCUGGCUCAAGCGAGAACCAUGAGAUCUACUUGCCGCCAUCACUCCGCAUCCAUUCGUUUCCGCUCAGCAGUACGCAGGAACCAAAGACUGCGGCGGAGAUGAGCAUCAUGGCCCAGAUCCCAGACAUGUUCCACUCACAGAAAGAGUACGUCUUCCGCGCUAUGGAGCAGGAUGCCUUCCCCCGUUUUCUGCGUGCCAAAGCCUUCGGCAACCUAACACCUGUCUCUGCGCUGGUGCGACUCAUCGUGGGUCUGGUCGUACUGUGGAUCGGCCUGUCCGCCGGCUUCUCGCUCAUCUUCCUCGAUGUGCACCCCAAGUCCAAGCGCUUCUUCCUCUUCCUCCCUUUCAGCAUCGCCGUUCUCCUCCUCAUUUCCCAUCAAUACGAACUGGACCCGAUCCUCGUGUUCCUCGGCCAGUCGGAGUCGACGCCGUUCCGCACACUCCGCAUACGCGAGCCGUAUGUCAAGAAGCUCCUCAUCGGUCGUGCUAUCUGGGUCACCGUCCUCGUCUGCGCUGGUGUCGCGGCCUUGACGCUCCUGUUCUGGGCGGUGCCGGGACACCGCCUAUAGAGUGAUGUGCCAGUGCACUUGUGCUCAACCCUGCGCUAUGUGGACACGAAGAGUGGCUCUUGUCAGAAUUCCUUGUUUAUAUCUCCUGGACUAUAGUCGCCUUGCCGUCUUAUCGCACCCCAUUAACUACUUUGCCUACGCUAGCUAUACCCUUCGCCAUUAUUCCCCCGCGCGCCACUCCUUCCACACCACCGCUCUCCGCUUCUGCACGCUCUCCUUCCCCUCCCGCUAUAUUUUUACUUCUCGCUAGUCUGUCCGAGUUAUGUAUGGCCGAUGGACGUCUAUGCACAGUGGUCUUCUU